CAGCCGUUAUUGUUGAUAGACUAUUAUUGAUUUCAAUUAUAAGUUUCUCAUAAAAAAAUCUAGAUGUCAAUUAUUAUUAUCCGAAUAAUUAUUCUAUCAUUAUUAAUUAUUAUUAUAUUUUUUGCAGGUCGUACCAGCGGUACCACAACCUGAAAUACCAGAACAAUCAGUCUGAAAAAACUGUGUUAUGAAGAAUCGGGCAAUUAAGUCAAAAACUGUGCCAUAGUUGUUAAAUUUCAUAUCUAGUCCAAACCAAGAUUGAACGCUGUUAAAUUAAAUUUUUGAAAACCAUGUGAUAGCUAUUAAAAAUGGCACUAAAACUAAGAAAAGACAUUAAAAAAUCGUCCUACUAUGUAUGGUUUUUGGGGGCGAAAGAAUCCAAAGGCUUACGCGGAGCAGAGUAUAUCGUACCAGUUAUAAGGCACUUGGAAGAAAGAGAAAAAGAUGUGGAGCCUUUCAAAGUUACUUUGCAGGUGUCCCACAAAGGGCUCAAAAUCAUCCAAAACGUUGUGUCUCAAGGAAAAAAUUCCAAACCGAAAAAUGAAACUAUCAAGCAUUUUAUUCCUCAUAAUACGAUAACUUAUGUUUAUCAGCACGAGGAUAUUAUUUCUUGUAUAUUGUUAUUGUUCAAUCCAGUUACGAAGUGUCCAUUGCAUGUGCAUGCUUAUAGAUGUGAUUCUUUGGAAACAGCCUCUCACUUGAAACAGCAAUUACAAAUUUUAAUCGACAGGCCUGAAAAUCAGAAGAAAAUGACCGAAAUUGAAAAUAGGUUGAAGCCGGUAGAAAAAAUUAAAAAAUUGGAAAGUAGUAUAGGUAGUGAUACAGGGGCCUCAACGAGAGAAUCGGAAAGUAGUGAGGAAAGGUUUGCUUUAGAAAAUUCUAGAAUAUCAAGUCUCUAUAACUCUGUCGCCGCAGAGUUACGAGAGAAAUUAGGAAAGAAAAAUUCCCCAAUACUAUUACCACCUAGAGAUUACGAUACUGUACAUAGGCAAAAAGGAAAUUUGACAGGUAUUGAACUUCGAAGAUGCCUAAACUCGAACAUCGUUGGACAAAACGUGAAAAACAAGAGGCUGGAAUCUUCUGGAGGGAGUUCUGGAAUAGGAUCAGAUCAUCCGCCCAGUCCGGAAAGUCCUGACACUCCCGAGUCCAGGUUUCAUACGAUGGAAACUCAUAGUACGAGCGAUGAUGAAGAUUGGAAUGGUAAUCCAGCAGAUUCAAGUAUAUACCUUAUGCAUGGGAACCAUCAAGUCUCCUUAGCACGGCCUGCAAAAACUUCUGAAUCGAAUUCAGAAAAACCUAAGGAAAAGAUUCAGAAAUUUUCCAGGUAUGCUCAUCACGAAGAUAUAAAAUACACGAAAUCCUUUGACGAUGACUAUCGCAAAUCAAUGUCCAACAACAUAAGUAAAUAUUUGGAAAAACCCAUUUCCAAGUUUUCCGAUAACAAAUAUCUCCAGAGGCAAAAAUCAAUGAUCAGAGAUCGCGAAGAAGAAAAAGAAGUUUCGAAAGAAAACUUUAGAAAAUCACUCGAAAGAGACCUUUCGAGUAAAUUAGAAAAUAGAUAUUAUGAACAAGACAAAAACACUAAUAGAGAAAAUAAAUAUUAUUAUAACGAAAGGAAAAAUAGCGACAAACAAAAACCGCCCCAGCAGUAUUUCGAGGAUGACGGCUUUGAUGAAAAUAUCAGAUCCAGAAAUAACUCUACAGACUUUGACAAAGAGCGACCGACCAGGACUUUCUCUUACGAAGAGGAAGUCUUCUUCGAAGAACAAAGGCCUGUACCUAAAACCAGACAAAAGAUUAAUGAAAAAGACGAGCUUUCGGGAAGAAAUUUUAAUGGAAAUAAAGAAAAAAGUAAAAUUAACCCUAUUGAUCCUAGAUAUUACGAACCAAGAACUCCUCCAAAAACUAACAGGAGCAGUCAUGAUUUUGACAACAGAGGCUUCAGUAAUAACAAAGAAGAGUUUAGUUAUAAUUCCUCUAAAGACAAAUAUUAUUAUGAGGGCAACUCUAUUAAUAUGAGGGAACCUCAAUUUAGGCAGAGAUCACCGUCUCCUGAUGAUGUCAAGGCUCCACGAGAUAGAUUCAAAGAUGCAAAAGAAAAAUUCCUUCUUAUGGAAAAAGAUAGAUUAGAACAAGAAAGACGCCAGCCAGAACCUCCAAUAUCUCCAACCAUACAUAGAGAUAAAAUUCAUUUUAUUAAGAGACAUCAGAGCAUGGCGUACCCUUCCAAGGAACAUAUAAGAAAUAAGUAUGAGGAUAGGUACUCCAAUGAAAGAAAUAAUGAGUUUUCAGAGGAAAUUUGCCCAAAACCUGCUCCGAGGUACAGUUCUGAAGAAGUACGAUACAGAAAUAAGAGCAGAGAAGGAUUUAGAAAUACAGACAAGUACGACCCGAAACGUAGAUCUAUGUUCUCUUUGAUCGAAGAGGAACAUAAGAAAAAUUCGAACGAAAUUGCCAAAGAACUAAAAAGGCGGUCCUACGUGGAGUUUGGUCAAAACACCUUUGAAGAUGAAGUAACCAGCUUCAAUAGAAGCGACGAAAGAGACAUUAGAAGCAGUAGACGGUUCCAGGAGUUAUCUGAAGCGGAUAGAUACAAUCACAUCAUGAACGAUAGUAGUCCCUCAAAAUCUGCUCAUAACAUUGACAAAAUGGCUCAAAUAAAAUACGAUCCGAAAUUCGUAAAGAAUCCCCAAAAAAGUUUCAAGUCGGUGCCAGGGUAUAGGCACAGCUAUGCGGAACCUAAAAUGAAGAUCGAGCCUAAAAAGAAAAUUAUUGGCGACAUGUUGCAUAGAAAUAAUAGUUCUAUUGGCUAUAUGCCUCCUCGGGUCGGGAUAGCUGGUAUACAUCCAUAUUAAAAAAAAAUCUGAUCUUUGGAUAUUUUAUAAAAAAAUCGGUUAAAAUUUAAUUUUUUGUUUGUUUUUAUCCAAUUCAAUUAGGGCCGGCUUAUUCACCUUCUGAUUAACUGUCAGGUAUGCAAUCUGGCGGAUAAAAACGCAAUAGGUGAUACCAUUGGUCGUCCAGUUAUCUGUCAACCAAAAGAAUUAUAGAACGGUAAAUUUAUUUUGCAAGUAUAUCAGGAGAUUAAUUAUCCAGGCCCUAAACAAAUAUAAGUAUAGAAAUAAAAUGUAUCCACUACUGGAGACUUUCAGUAGGAUUUGCUCAAAAAUGUACUUAUUUAUUUAAUCCAUGACAUAUUAGCAAAUUAGUUUAAAAAAAUAAAAACUUUAUUAUAACAUUAAUUACUAAUAUUGUAAAAAAUUGUGUCAUAUAUAAAAUGACUGACUAAUAUAUUGUAUGUUUUAAAUUUCAAUUUUAAAUUUUUUGUUUUUGCAUUUAUUUGUUCUAAAUUUAUUGUUGUUUUUUUACGAUUUUAUUUGAAUUAUUUUUUUUUUCUGGACUUAGUCAUUGCUUGAUAUACUACUUCAUUUUACGUUAUCAUGUUUUAGUUCUAAUGUAGAUGAAGACAAUUUUUAAUUAUACUUUUGUUAUAUUAUGUAUAUUUUAUUUUAUCGAAAAUAAGUACCUAGAUAUGCAUUUAUUAUCGUCAUUAUGAUUUUAUUUCUAUUUUGUAAGGCUUUUGUAAAAAUGUUUAUCGCUUUUUUUUUAUUUUUAUAAAAUUUUGUAACACUUAACUAAAAUAAAUAAAUAACGAGAUGUAUUUUAUUGUAA